AUGGGUUCUUCUCCUACCGAUCAACAAGCUGAAAUGAAUCAUGUAUUAACAGAUGAAGAACUAUCUGCAGAUGAAGAAGUACAAACACCGGGUUCGAGAGAUAAAGCUGGAGGUUCUGGUGAAGGGUCAAGAAAAAGGACGAGGUCUGAUGUUUGGGAGCAUCUCAGCAGGCUACCAAACAACUACGACAGAUGUAAAUGCCGCUAUUGUAGUAAAGAGAUGAGUUGUCCAACCAAGUCAGGGACCACCAAUCUGAGGAAGCAUCUCACUAACUGUAGGUCAUUCAUGGCUUGGAAGGCUGCAAAUAAGUCAAAAACCCAGUCCCGGUUAGCUACAGAUGCAGAAGGCAACAUGAGUGUUGGUAAGGUGGAUGACAGAGUGUUCAAAGAUGCUACCAAUGAUAUGAUAGUCUUAGCAGAGUUACCGUUUAACUUUGUGGAAAGCUUGGCGUGGAAACACUUCUGCAACAAAGUGCAGCUACAGCCGCCUGUUUGUAGGAAGACAUGUACAACGGAGAUUGCGGCAAUUUAUAUGAAGAGGAAAGCAGAAAUGAAGAAAGUUCUUGGACAGAACAAGCAAAGACUCUCUCUGACAACAGAUAUAUGGACUGCUCCUUACACUGCGGCUAGUUACAUGGUAAUUACUGCUCACUUUGUUGAUUCAAACUGGAAGCUGAGAAAGAUGAUCAUAGGGUGUAAGAAUGUGGAUGAUCACAAAGGGUCUACAAUUGCGAGAGUUCUUGUGGAUUGUUUAGCAGAGUGGGAUAUUAAAAGAGUCUUCUGCAUCACAGUUGAUAAUGCCACAGCUAACACAACAUCCAUGAAGAAGUUCAAGGAAGAAUUUAUCAACCAAGGAGAAGAUGCACUGGUUUUGAAUGGUGAGUUCUUGUACAUUAGGUGUGCGACACAUAUUAUUAAUCUGAUUGUCAAGGAAGGGUUAAAUGAGGUGGAUGAUAGCGUCAAUUCCAUUCGAAAUGGUAUUCAGUACGUGAGGUCUUCAACCAACAGACAGAAGUCAUUCGAGUUUUGGGUUGAUACGGGAAAGAUGACCAGAGGAAGCCUUCCAUUAGAUGUCAAGACAAGAUGGAACUCGACGUAUCUGAUGCUAGACCAAGCAAUCAAAUUCAGGGCAGCUUUCGAGAAGAUGGAGGCUGAGGACAAACCGUACAAUGACUACUUCUUGGAGCUUGAAAAUGGGAAAAAGAGGAUUGGACCGGCUUCCACAAGAGAUUGGGAAGAAGCUGAGAGGUUGCUACACUUUCUUAUCAUCUUUUACAAUUCAACUUUGAUGCUCUCGGCGACAAAGGGGAUUACGUCGCACAAGAUCUACAAUGAGAUUGUCACCAUCACGAGUAAUAUUUGCAAGAUAAGCUCUGCACGAGGUGCUGAUCACACACUACAGUUGAAGGCUUUGACGAUGAUGGGGAAACUAAGGAAGUAUUGGGAUCCAUUUACGGAAGUAUCUGAGCCUGAGAGUAGUAACUCUAAGAAGUGUAAGAUGAAUAAGCUUUUGAUUGUUGCCUCUGUUUUUGACCCUAGGAAGAAGAUGAACUUUGCUAACCUCUGCUUUGAGAAGCUCUAUGGAAAAGAAAGCAUCGAGUAUACUCUGCUUUCUGAAUCAAUUAUGGAUAUCUUGAAGCGCUUAUAUGAUGAGUACAGUGUUGGAUACAGCACAAGUGGUGGGGGAUCAGGUGGUUCACAGUCUCAAGGAGGAUCUUCUUCACAGCCGCAGUCGCAAUGCAGUGGUGCUGCUGCAGUUCUCCAGAGUCAAAUCAUAGGCAACGGGAUCGGGUAUGAAAGAAUGGAUAAUCUGUACGAGGAGCUUGUCGAAGAAACAGGUACACAAGAUUCUAGUAAUGAGUUAGAAGUGUAUUUGAGAGAGAAAGUAGAGGUUACAAAAGGUGGUAAUGGACUUGGAACCGAGUAUGAUGUUUUAUCAUGGUGGAGAAGAAACAGUGUGAAGUUCCCGAUCCUGUCUCAGAUAGCUGCUGAUAUUCUUGCGGUUCAAGCAUCAUCUGUAGCAUCAGAAAGUGCAUUUAGCACUAGUGGGAGAGUCUUAGACCCAUAUAGGAGCUGCUUGACACACUUUAUGGUCGAGGUGUUGGUGUGCACGGAACAAUGGUUGAAAUCCGAGAUUCACAUAAAUGAGAAGGGCAUUGUUACAAUAGAGCAGAUGCUUUCAGAUGUGGAGCAACAAGAUGAUCUUCUCAGAGAGUUUGAAACUGGAUGCAAUGUGGAAUAA